AUGCUGAAGCGGUCUGUGCUUCUGCUGAUAACCAGCAUCGGUCUCUCCAAGCUGUCACUCAGUUGGCUCGGAUCUGCAUCGUCAACCUCACGUUCGGAGCCACAUAGUAGUUCAAGCAUCCCACCAGGGCCAAAAGUGCCCGAGUGCAUUGAUUCCUGGGAAACGUACAAGAGCUAUCGGCAGCGGCGCCAGACCUCUACCGGCUUGACAGCCCGAAAGGUCUUGGUCGCGGACCUCGAGUCUCGUGUUCCCUCGUCCGAACUUGUGGAAGACGCGGAUCCCUACCAAACGACGGUGUUCACUGGCGGAGUCCGACUCGAGAUAGACCAGGAGGAUAUCCUAGGGCACGGCGCCAGUGGAUUUGUCUACGGGGGCACCUGGAUACCGCUGAGUGACGCAUCCAACCACCAGCUGGAUCUCCUGGGUCAGUAG